CACAGCACAGCUGAGGCGCAGGAAAAGUCAAAGGCUCGCGUUCCCCCGGCGCCUUCUCGCCGCCUUCAUCUUCUUCUUCUUGCGCCUCCCGCCCGCCUACCCCCGCACGUUUCGCGGCGCCCCCAUCUUUUAACAACGCCCGCCGCCGCCGCCUCCUGUUCGUGCAGUCCAGCCGAGCGGCGAGCGCUCCUCCUCCUCUCUCUCUCUCUCUCCCCCCUCUCCGGUUACCCAACACCUGAGGGAGUCUGCUCGCUGAGCCGGUUGCGCGCGCCGUGCCGGUCGGGGACCUGCGCCGCGUCUCCGCUGCUACCUGCAGAAACUGCUUAUUACUUCCUGCUUUUCUCUGUGGGGGCUUCUGCAACUGUAUUGGUAAAGAUGGGUUGCUGCUUUAUGUUUGGAAAGAAAGCUGAACAAGCCGUUCAAGGCGAUGAUGAUGUACAUAGUGUGAAAGUCUUCUCUUACAAUGAGUUGAGAAAGGCUACACAAGAUUUCAGUGGCGCAAAUAAGAUUGGCGAGGGUGGUUUUGGUUCUGUCUUCAGGGGAAUGCUUAAAGAUGGGACAGUAGUUGCAGUGAAAGUUCUGUCUGCUACAUCAAGGCAAGGUAUCCGGGAGUUUUUGACUGAACUUACAGCAAUAUCUGACAUCAAGCAUGAAAAUCUCGUCACUCUUAUCGGUUGCUGCGCUGAAGGCUCUCACAGAAUCCUUGUUUACAAUUACCUUGAGAACAACAGCCUUGCACAGACAUUGCUAGGAACCAGAUAUAGUAACAUUCGGUUCAACUGGCGGGCACGGGUUAAAAUUGCUGUGGGUGUUGCCCGUGGACUUGCAUUUCUCCAUGAGGAAAUCCGACCACCAAUUAUCCACCGGGACAUAAAGGCCAGCAACAUUCUUCUUGACAAGGAUCUCACCCCCAAAAUUUCUGAUUUUGGGUUGGCGAGGCUCCUUCCACCCAAUGCAACUCAUGUGAGCACCCGAGUUGCCGGCACAUUAGGAUACCUGGCUCCUGAAUAUGCAAUCCGAGGUCAAGUGACAAAGAAGUCCGACAUCUAUAGCUAUGGAGUUCUUCUUUUAGAAAUUGUCAGUGGAAGAUGCAACACUAAUACAAGAUUACCUUCUGAAGAUCAAUUCCUUCUUGAAAGGACAUGGGGACUCCACGAGCAAGGGCGUUUGGAAGAGAUCAUUGAUAUCGACAUAGGGAACGACCUGGAUGUCGAGGAGGCAUGCCGGUUCUUGAAGAUUGGCCUGCUAUGCACGCAGGACGCAAUGGCACGUCGUCCCAACAUGACCAAUGUUGUCCGGAUGCUCACAGGGGAGAGAAGGAUCCCCGUAGACAAGAUCACUAGGCCCUCCAUGAUCACUGACUUUGCAGAUCUCAAGGUCAGCAGCAAGGAGCAAAGAUCAAGCGAGACGCGCUCUCCCACCACAAAAUCGUUCACCACAACAGAACCAUUCUCGUCGUCAGAAACGCCCACGCAGUCAUCUAUAUGAAAUUGUGGAUGCCAGAAGGUCCCCCCCCCCCCCAGUUUGUAUAUUGUGUGAAUUGUGAUAGAUGGGCCAGGUUACAUGCAAUUUUUGAAGAGUUUCUUGUUUCACUUGUUAUGAGGAAAGAUCUCAUAGUUAGCUUAUUGCUUCUUUGUAUGCUGUAAAUAUUUCGAAACAAAGAUGUCAUCCUUUGCGCGUUGGAAACUUCAGUUUUUGCUCAAAAA